AAUUAUUAAUGUAUCAUGUAUUAAAUUUUUACUGUGCUGAUAAGAAGUAUUCUCUUGCAUGGAUUUGCAGGAUUCAAGGCCUAAGCAGGAGAAGAUGGAUAUAUUUUCACAAGUUCCCCCAGGCUUUCGCUUCCAUCCCACAGAUGAAGAACUUGUCGACUAUUACCUUAAGAAGAAAAUUACUUCAAGAAGGAUUGACCUAGAUGUAAUUAAAGAUGUCGAUCUCUAUAAAAUUGAGCCAUGGGAUCUUCAAGAUUUAUGCAGAAUAGGGACAGAAGAGCAAAAUGAAUGGUAUUUCUUCAGCCAUAAGGAUAAGAAGUAUCCAACUGGAACUCGCACAAACAGAGCCACUGCAGCUGGGUUUUGGAAAGCAACGGGUAGAGACAAGGCUAUUUAUUCUAAGCAUGACUUGAUUGGGAUGAGGAAGACCUUAGUCUUUUAUAAAGGUCGAGCCCCGAAUGGACAGAAGUCAGACUGGAUUAUGCAUGAGUAUCGGCUUGAAACAGAUGAAAAUGGAACUCCACAGGAAGAAGGAUGGGUUGUGUGUAGGGUAUUCAAGAAGAGAAUAACGACUAUGCGCAAAGUCAGUGAGCAUGAAUCUCCAUGUUGGUAUGAUGAUGAAGUCUCUUUCAUUCCAGAUCUAGAUUCACCAAAGCAAACAUCCCAGUCUAAUAUGGCUUACCACCUUCCCAUUUCCCGCAAGAAAGAGCUUGAUUUGCAGUACCAAGUUCCGCAUGAGAAUCGCCUCCAGCUACCACUUCUAGAAAGCCCGAAACUACACCAGGGACCGGGUGCCGUAAACUGCAAUUUUAUGGUUGCAUUUGGCCUAGACAUGAACAAUGCGAACACUCUACAGUCUUCAUCCAUGACACACGAAGAUCAUAUUCAACAAACUCAUGGGCAACGUUUGCAUGCACUCUAUGGUAACAGCAGCAAUGAGCAAGCGGAGGAUCAAGUGACUGAUUGGCGCGUCCUCGACAAGUUUGUGGCUUCUCAGCUCAGUCAAGAAGAAGUUGCCAAGGAAAAUAACUACUCAAGUGCUUAUGCCAAUAAUGUUUUCCAUUCAUCGGAGCAGACAAAUUUGCUCAUCAGACACUUGAACAGACAAGAAAUGGUACCGGAAAAUGCACCAUCAUCAACAUGCAGUUGUCAGAUUGACCUGUGGAAGUGACCGGUCCUUUGUUUAACUUAUUUCGACAGUAUAUAGUACUGAUCAUAGGGUAUUCAGUUUCAAAGAAGAAAAAAAAGGGAAGUUACGAGUUAAAUUUUCUGUACGUAAUUAAACUGUAUAAAAAAGCUUA